CGGCGGGCGGGCCGGGGCCAGGGCAUGGAGCGGUGGGUCGGGGCUGCAGGGGGCUGGGGCUCCCUCUGGGGAGCCGGUUGGGGCCGCUGGCAGGGCUGGGAGCUCCUGGCCGCCUGCGCGGUUAUCGGCGCCGUGGGCUGGCUGCUGCGGCUGCUAGAGAGGAGGCCGGGGGGCCGCGAGGCGCCGGAGGCGGCCAUCUCUUCCCCGGCACCACUGUCUGCGGGGAGCCGGCGCUGCAGCGGGAGCCGCCCAGGUGAGAUAACAAUGGAUGCAAUAUUAUGCCGACUGAAGCAGCUCAGCUCUGAUGAGCUUAGAGAAGAAAUUGUAAGAGCAGGACUGAAGUGUGGGCCCAUUACCUCCACUACUAGGUUUAUUUUUGAAAAAAAAUUGGCUCAGGCAUUGUUGGAGCAGCAAGGAGGUUCAGAGGGCAAAGGAUCUCUGUCAGAGGAGGCUGCUGGAAAUGCCCCAUCUGAUAGCAGCCGGGCAGAAGCACAGAAGGCUUUGAAAGGCACCGCGGUGAAUCACAACGGUCACGGAAGUGCUUCUGAAGACACAGACUUUGGGUACUGUGUAGGUCUGAACCCUCCAGAAGAAGAAGAUGUGAUCCACAUGAAAUGUUCAGCUCCUGUCUGUGGAGCAGGAUAUGUUGAUUCACAAAUUAGUACUCAGGCACUGUCCAAAGAGCCUCCACUGUUCUAUGGUGUUUGUCCAGUUUAUGACGACAUUUUGGCAAGAAAUGAGAGAAUACAUGUUUAUGAAGAUAAAAAGGAAGCUCUCCAAGCUGUUAAGAUGAUUAAGGGUUCCCGUUUUAAAGCUUUUUCAAACAGAGAGGAUGCUGAAAAAUUUGCUAAAGGCAUCUGUGAUUAUUUCCCAUCUCCCAGCAAGUCUUCUUUAUGUUUGUCGCCAGUGAAAAUGACAUCAUUUAACAGAGAUGGCUUAUGUUCUCCUGAGACUGAAACUGCUAAUAAGGAGAGAGCCAACAGUUAUAAAAGUCCACGUACUCAAGAUCUUACUGCUAAGCUUCGGAAGGCUGUGGAGAAAGGAGAUACUGCGACAUUUUCAGAACUUAUUUGGAGUAACCCUCGUUAUCUGAUUGGGUCAGGAGACAACCCAACAGUUGUACAGGAAGGGUGCAGGUACAAUGUCAUGCAUGUUGCUGCCAAGGAGAACCAAGCUGGUAUCUGCCAGCUAUUACUGGACACUUUGGAAAAUCCUGAGUUUAUGAGGCUUAUGUAUCCAGAUGACGAUGAUGUAAUGCUGAAGAAUCGCAUCCAGUACAUUGUUGACCUUUACCUUAAUACACCAGAUAAAAUGGGAUUUGAUACUCCUUUGCAUUUUGCCUGCAAGUUUGGGAAUUUGGAUGUUGUUAAUGUGCUUACCUCACAUCCAGCUAUUGUAAAAAAUCCAAGAAACAAAUAUGAUCAGACUCCAGCAGAAGUAGUUUGUGAAAGAAGCAAGAAUAAAUCUGCAGAAUUGAAAGAAAAACUAAGAGAGUAUUUGAAAGGUCGAUACUAUGUACCACUCUUGAGAGCAGAAGAUAAUUCUUCAGCUCCUGUCAUUGGUGCUCCAUGGUCACCUGAUCAGACAGAUGAUAGCCCCCAAAGAACUUUAUCUAAGUACACUGGCAGCCCCAAAGAUCCAGUGUUGUCAAUAAGAGCAUUUGCAGGCCCCAUGAGCCCCUCAAAGGCUGAAGAAUUCCGCAGGCUUUGGAAGACUCCACCUCGAGAGAGAGCUGGCUUCUUUCGUAAUGUCAGGAAAUCUGACCUGGAGAGAGGUGUUGAAAGAGUUGGAAGGGAGUUAGCUCAUGAGCUGGGGUUCCCGUGGGUUGAAUACUGGGAAUUUCUGGGCUGUUUUGUUGAUCUGUCUUCCCAGGAGGGGUUGCGAAAAUUAGAAGAGUACCUGAGCCAUCAGGAAAUGAGCGAAAAGGCUCAGCAAGGAACAGGGGAAAAUGAAACCUGCAAUAGAUAUAAAACUCUGCAUCUUCCUGGCAAGAGUAAGAAAUGCUGCAAUUCUAUUUCUGUUGGGGCAUUUUUGGAUGAGGAUGAUGAUGACAUGAGCUUAGAAGAAAUUAAAAACAGACAGAAUGCAGCACGGAACAUCAGCCACCCUAUAGUGUCCCAGGAGCCCAGCAUCAGUGAGAUUGGAGAUGCCCAGUGUGAUAUCUUGUCAAUGGAGAGGGCAGUAAACAUCAUAGAAGCAAGAGAUCACCCCAGACACUAUGAAAAGGCAGCUUCUUCCAGCAAAAAUGGAUUCUGCAAUCCUGUGGCCACUGAAAGGAUAAAGAGUGACCGAAAGCAUUUGCGUGAUGGAGGAGGAUGCCUUGGAUCGUCACCUGUUUCCAAUUUAAUGUCAGAAUUUGAAAGUCUCUCUGUCCAAGAACAGCAGCUUGCAGGAGAAUCAAAUACAAUUGGGGCAAAAACUGAGGAAGAGAGAGUUGUGGCUGAAGGAAAGAGUCAGGGGAGAACACCCAAGGACCAUAUGGAUAAGGCCUGCUAUGCAGUUUCACUGGCCAGCUCUUCUGAGCCAAGUGUUGCAGGUAAACCUGGAGAGACCAAGUUAAGGACAGAACACAAAAUGCCAUUAGAAAAGGAGAGGCUGGCCAUGGAAUCUGGAAUUCAAACUAACGAGGCACAACAGCGUCAGGAACUGUCUUCCCAGAAAUUGUUUUUGAAGGCAUCGCCCACAAAUGACACUUGGAGGAAGCUGUUCCUGCUUGGGGAGCAGCCCUCAAAGCUGGACAGCGAUGUCUUGGCAGCUAUAGAAGCAGUGGAGGUUGACCCACAGAAGUAUCCCUUUGUUUCCAGAUGGAAACACCUGGUGCAGUCAUACUCCUCAUUGGACAGGCAAAGCUGGCCAAGUUCAGCACAGAAGGUGAAGCUCAUGGCUCCUGGCCUUCCAAAUGCUCCAGUGUAUUCUAAUUCAGGAAGAAAUAGCCCCAUAACAGGAAGCCCAGGAAAAUACGGCAAUGCCACCUCAUUCUUUCCAGACCCUGGGAGUCCUGGGCGCUACAGUCCAGCUGGUGUCAACCAUGCUCUGCUGAGACUGCGUUCUUCUUCAGAGUCUCCUGCCCACUAAAACAAGGUUCAUCUUCCUGGGACUUCAGUUGCAUUUUCAUUGGUAGAGUGGAGGAAAAAAACUACAAUGUUACUAAAGUGACAUGAGGUUUGUACCUGGCUAUUUAUUUUUCCUCAAUUGAGGACAAACAUAUGUUCCAAAAAAAAAGUUGACUAUAUGUCUUUAUGCCAUACAUGGGAUAGAAUACUGGUGAUAUGCAAGAAGUUAGUGACAGUGCAGUUGUCCAGUAGCUAUGAAUUAACCCUUGUUGCCAGUAAUGCAGUGAGCUGAACCUUUACUAGAAGUGGUGGGAUUUUCCCCUCAGCAGUUGUCAUUGUAAUGAAUCUCUUAGCCCUCGACUGCAUUGCUUUUGCUGGGGUAGUCUGAAGGAAGCACAUCAUCAGUAAAGAGAAAUCUUAGGAGAGGGAAUUGAUGGCAAGAAAUAAAACCUUCCUCUACAUGCAGGGGGAGUGCUCAAAGUUGAAGAGCCUAAAACAAAACCUAGGUGAUGACAGCUUUGUUGUGCUGAGAAUGACUCUGAUAGGUUGUGCAUAAACAAAGUGUUUAUAGCCAGCAGUUGGGUCUAGAGGGUUGAAUACACACACACACACACACACUUCCCUAUUUGUGUGUAUUUAUGCACUUACUUACACAGAAAACCCUUAAGCCUUUGCUAUUAAAACACCGUGACAACACUUGAGUGUUUUAGUCAAGGGGCACUAGAGAAAUGAGUGGGGUUCCUUUCAAUGGUAGUUGGAAGAUUUAGGAAAAAAAAGCUAAAUUAAAAAAUCAGCUGGUUUCUUUUCCCCACAGAAGCUUUUUAACACAUGAGCAGAUGUUAACAGACCUUGCACAAAAACACAUCAGCAAUAAUUUGACCAAUUUUACCAGCUAUGUAACCUUAAUGGUCUGGUUUGUAAUGAAGUCGAGUGGUAGCCAGUGGCCCAGGGUGUGGCUCCUUAGUUCCCAACUGAAGAGAGGGAGGAAUAAGGAGGACAAAUACUUGUAUUGAAAUCUAAGCUCUAGUCUUGAUGUGUUUUUGUUAGAGCAGUCAAAAGUUCUAUGCUGUAGCCUUCUGCAAGAAUGACUUGUUUGGACAGUAUGAUGCCCAGACUGAAGAAUGCUUUUCCAAACUCAAGACAGUU